AUGACAAUCUCCCACCUUCUGGUCGGAGAUAAAGUCGACGAAGAACCCCGAAAGCUGGUGCAGACUACUUUUGAGUGUCUUCAACAGGCGAUUGCCUUCGUGAAACCUGGCGUAAAGUUCCGCGAAAUCGGAAACGCCAUUCAGAAGCACGCCAAUGCGAACGGAUUCUCGGUAGUUAAAGGAUACUGUGGACAUGGGAUUCAUCGUCUCUUCCAUAUGGCACCAAAUGCUCCACAUUAUGCUAAAAACAACGCCACAGGAGUGAUGAAAGCUGGAAACUCGUUUACCAUCGAACCAAUGAUCAACGCCGGAACCUUUAACGAUGACAAGUGGCCAGAUGACUGGACCGCCGUUACGAGGGAUGGGAGAAGAUCUGCUCAAUUCGAACAAACCCUACUGGUCACCAUCUAUGGUUCAUGA